CCAACAUCACCACCACCACCACCAGCAGCACGUUUGGAGAGAUUGGAAGUCGUGAAAACAAACAAGCAAUGGCCGUGAAGUCGUAUCCCACAUCCACGGCCUAAGACGGCAACCGGGCCAGAGGUGCCGUUUGGUCGUUUUAAAACCGUUCUUCAGCAUCCUGCCCGACUGUUGGUCGUACAGUUUUUGCUAGCCAGUGCGCUAGCACUAGCUGCUUCGGUAGCAGCAGAGAGGGGCGAGCUAAAAACCACUUCCCAAACGUCCCAAUGCACACCGAAAGUGACAUAAAGAGACAGCCAGCAUUAGCGGAAGGGGUGGGCAGGCGACGACGGGUUGUUCGUCGUUCGCUAGGCACGAGUUAGGAGCUUCAAGACGAGCCUCAGCAGUCAGACCGAAGCUGAACCGAGAUGGCCAUCUCGAGCAGAGCAGUGCAGUGCCAGCGAAGAAAGGGCGUACAAGAUAAGGAGGCAAACCAGGCACCAGGCAAGAAGGCAAGUGUUAAUAAGAACACAGGGCAAUGCACACAAACACACACACACACAUAGACGAACUGCACAUACCCACUUGCUUGCGCUGGCCGCGGUUCCAAGGAGUGGGAAAAAAGUGAAACGAAAAAAACACACCCCGUGACUCGCUCCUGCGCCGCGUCCUAUACACCCCGACGCUGGUACACUCUCGCAUGGUGUCAUCGGGUGGAUAAUGGGCCUGCAGAAUGACACACAGCGGCAACCAAGACGGCGACGACGACAACAACGACGACUUUUAAGAAACCUUCCCUCAACUCCGUCUGCCGUCUCCCUCGUUCCCCUCAUUUUGACGACCUCUUGGAUAUAAGGGAAGGAUGAAAACCUCGCGUAAGGUGACACUAUUACCACGGCAGGGAACCACGGGAUCUUCGGAGCAAUUUGACUCCGACCGACGACUGCCAAAGAAGUCCGACCCGAGAACCCAUCACAUAGAAGAACGGCUCGUUGGUGCUUUCAACUUCAUCUUCAACCUCCGGAGUCAUGUCUCCGGAGGUGUCUUCGUGAGCUGCGAGGCUUUUGCUUCUUCGUCGAUGUCUCCCUCCGCUGGACCUCUUUGCAUUUCCGAACAUUUGCGUUGGAAAAACAAUGACGCCCUCUCGACGCAUCGCUCUUCCAUCUUUACCUCGCUGUUCGGGAUGUAAUAACCGUGCAAUGAGGCAGGACGACGUCUUCAGGAAUAGCCGAGUACCAAGGAACUCUCAUCCGUCGAGCCCAUCCCAAAAUCCCAACCCAAUCAUUUGUCCGUGUGUAUGUGAGUGAGGGCUGGAAAUACAUUAGAUCGUUCUGUUCCGGCCCAGACCGAGUGCGUGGAAAAGGCAAGUCAAAAGUUAAGGGUGCGGCCAGGUCACACUCUUUAAAGGAACGGGGAGGAUACACACACGGUUACACUAUCUCACCAGCAAACCGAUUCUAGUCAAAAGUUAAUACAAGAAGAGACGAUAGUCUGAGAAGAGGACGUUGAAAUCGCUGUAACUGAUGUUUUUUGGGGUCUGCCGGAGGUUCCGAUUGGCUUCGAACAGUGUUGCAAAGGCAGAGGUAAAGGAGUUCUUAUGUAAGCUGGCACGGGCGCGAACGAAAACCCCUUCCUAUAUCGAGCGCGAGUGAGAGAGAGAAAGAUUACCAGCGACGUGUCCAACGUACGACCGCUGCAUGCAUACUAAUAUGCUCAAUCAUUUUUCUUAAUUUAUUAUUCACAAUCUGGAUUCAAUCUUUCGCUUUAAGCAUCCCCGUGCUUUCCUGUGUGCUUCGGUCAGCUGAGACCGUCCGAACAUUAUAACAAAAAAAAAAAAAACGCACAAGAAAGGCAAAGAAACGUAUACGAGACGUGACGAGAGUACCGACGUUCGUAGAGUGGCUUAAAACAACCCUGUGUGCUUGCCUCUUGGUGUCCGUCCAGUUCUACCAACCCCCUUUAGAAGUAAAGUUAUUGCAGCCCUGAUCUAGAAAUCUCUAAAGGAGGAGGCAGUUGGUGUGUUGGUUCUAUUAUUUUUUGCGUCUAGAUAUAAGCAGGCUUACAGUAAGGGUGUGGGGAGGUAUUGCUAUGGGAGCAACGGGCACAAUGGACAUGUUAAGGAGUUUGUGAAGCACCGUCUUGACUAAAAUUAAAACACAAAUUACUUUGAUGAGCUCAAAAUAUUCUUAAAAUACCUUUGCAGGGAUUACCUAGCCAAUUUCGCAUCGCAAAAGUGUUAUCUACUUGUCAAAAGAUGUAUGAAGCAAUUUGUAACAAUAUUUAAUGAAUUAUUUUACAAUUUUUACUAUU